AUGAUAAACGUCUUUAUAUUGCUAGCAGCUUUCUACUCCGUUUAUUUCCUUUGGGGUGCAAUUUGGAAUCUUUACUAUCACCCGCUACACAGGAUUCCGGGACCCAAGCUGUGGAUUGCGUUUCCCAUAUUUCGCCACAUCUCCCUCGUCAGAGGACAACUCGAAGCUGAUAUCAAGACCUUUCAUGGCAAAUACGGCAAGGUCGUACGUUUCUCAACAGAUGAGGUCUCCUUCAUCACUGCCCAGGCCUGGCGUGAAAUCUACAAUGACUUCCCCAAAGCAGAACUAUCGACCAAUGUUCCAUUAGGUAUUAACAAUGCCAAUGAUACGAACCAUCGCCGCUACCGUAAAGCAUUGGCGCAUUCCUUCUCUACCAAGGCUCUGACAACCCAGGAGCCCGUUCUGAUCGAAUAUACGGAAAAAUUGAUAAACAAAAUGAAAGGUUUCGCCGAGUCGCAAAGGCCCGCAGACAUGGUCAAGUGGUAUAACUCAACGACGUUCGACCUAAUUGGCGAUCUCGCGUUCGGAGUGUCAUUUGGAAACUUGGACACAGACGGUUACCACUUCUGGGUGUCUAAUGUCUUUCAGGCGGUUCGGGGUAUAGUCAUGGGUACCAUAAAGGAUGCCUACCCUGUGCUGUUCAAAUUGUUUAGCUUCGCCUUUGGUCUCAACCGGUUUUCGGAGGCGCGAGCGAGGCAAUUAGAAUACAGCAGCUCAACCAUGCAGAAACGCCUGGCACGCGAAGAACCUCGCGACUUGGUCGACUUUAUGGAUGGCUUUCUACAGUCGAAGGAUAAUAUAACUGUAGAAGAGAUGGAAGCUAACGCUAAUCUAUUGAUCAUUGCUGGAAGCGAUACAACGGCAACCUUGCUUUCUGGUACGACCUACUACCUGCUCCGGACGCUGCGUGCGCUGGAAAAAGCUACGCAAGAGGUCCGCUCUGCUUUCAAGUCGGAAUCCGAGAUCAACUUUCUGAAUACUACUGCGCGGCUGCCGUACAUGGUCGCCUGUCUCAAUGAGGGUAUGCGAAUGUACCCUCCUGUUCCAUCUGUUCUGCAGCGUGUAGCCGUUUCUUCCAAGCCUAUCGAGAUAUCAGGAUACUAUAUAUCCAAUGGAACAAAAGUAGGCGUCCACCAAUUUGCCGCCAAUACGUCUCCCAUAAACUUCUACGAACCAGACAACUUUAUCCCCGAGCGCUGGCUCCCAGAGACCAAGAAGGACACAUCCUCGCCGUUCUACAAUGAUGACCGCGACGUGUGUCAGGUAUUCUCAUACGGCCCGAGAGACUGCAUUGGAAAGAAUCUGGCCUAUGCCGAAAUGCGUGUGAUUCUGGCGCGCAUGCUCUGGAACUUCGAUAUGGAGAUUUGCGAGGAGAGUAAUAAUUGGAAUAAGCAGCGUACUUUUACGUUGUGGGAGAAGUCGCCGUUGAUGGUUCGAUUGAGGCUCAGGGAGGGGAUUGAAAAGCAUUAA